GCACAAACAGCUCAAGACCAGACGCAGCGCGCGCAUGGACACGGAUGGGAUAUUGGCAACAUUACGCAGCAGGAGAGUGAUGGAAAGUACCGAACAGAGUCGAUAGUGGGUGAACUUAUAAGGCAAUUGGCUUGCAAGUAUGUAUUCUACGCACCAAAUUGUUUUCUUUCUCCCGCAGUCGAUUAUGUAGCCUAUCUUUCAGAACCGCUAUAAGACCGACUUCUCAUCUCAGGACAGUUGAAAACGAAGUCACGACGAAGAAUGAAGAAACACUGAAAAAUGUAGCCAAUUGAAAUAUUCAAAGCUGCACACGAGUGUACAAAGUCCUCAGCGCAACCCGAAGCCGGUCUUUAAGUUUUUUUUGGUCCAAGAGGAAAGAACAUGAUUCCACCAGCUAACAUCAUGCAAGACGAGAGUUUGGGCAAGGAGAACGAGCGCGAGCAGCACGAGACCCCUCAGUCACCAGCGUCCAGCGCGAGUCAACAGGAGACAAAGUUGAAGCUUUCAGUUGAAGACUCUUUCAGUUGAAGACUCAAUAUGCAGAAGUUGAAGCGCUCCCUCUCCUUCAAGACCAAGAGCAUGCGCAGCAAGAGCGCUGACAACUUCUACCAGCGCAACAACAAUGAUGCCAAGUUAUCGACGGAGCUGCUCUCUGACAACAGCAGCAGCACGUGCCAACUGAGCGUGAUCGGGGUGGCGGUGGCCCAUCCCGUCCACCCCAUCCAACCUGUCCAACCUGUCCACCCCGUCCACCCUGUCCACCCUGUUCACCCCGUCCACUCAGUCCACCCCAUCCACCAUGCCCCCCCUCUCUCAACCUCCAACCUGGUGAUCUCUAAUGCGCCCCCGGCCAUCCCGUGUGCUCCCCCUUCCUUGGUCUAUUCCCCGGGACACCACCCCCUUGCCAUCGACCCCACUGGACAUGGCUUCAUGGAGCACAUCUUCAAGAAGCCCACCUUCUGCGACGUCUGCAACCACAUGAUCGUAGGUACCACCUCCAAGCAUGUGGUGAUGCUGGCAGGCAACACGGCCAAACAUGGCCUCCGCUGCAAAGCCUGCAAGAUGAGCAUCCACCACAAGUGUGAGAAAGGAGUGGGAUCUCAACGCUGCCAAGGCAAGCUGCCAAAGGGCUUUCGAAGGUACUACAGCUCCCCACUGCUGAUAACAGAGCAAUUUGGCUGCAUCAAAGAAGUCAUGCCCAUUGCUUGUGGCAGUAAAGUGGACCCUGUGUAUGAAGCUCUCCGGUUUGGGACCUCUCUGGCACAGAGGGACAAGAGGGCCAGUGUCUCCGAGUCCCCCCACAGGAACUCUACCAGUGACUUAGCCCAGGUUCCAGAGGAGGACGACGCUCACAGCAGUCAACAUGAACUCACCAGGAAGCACAGUGAUAAUGUGUUUACAUCACUUGAGAAUGGGACGGAGCCCAUUCCCUAUUGCCACGUAGCUGAGAGGAAACCUGAUGAUUCACCGGAGAGGAAAUGGCUGCAGAAGGACACACUUCAGCUCAACACCUAUGUUGCUUUGUUUACAUUCACUCCCCAGGAGAGUGAAGACCUGGAGAUGAGACCCGGAGACAGAAUCGUACUGGCAGACGACUCCAAUGAUGACUGGUGGAAGGGCAUGAUCGAGGACAGGAUCGGUUUCUUCCCAGCAGCCUUUGCUCACCAGGUGAAGACCGGAGACAGAGUGUUCAGGUGUCACCGGACGUUUAUCGGCUGUAAGGAGCAAGGCCAGAUCACUCUGAAGGAGGGCCAGAUUUGUGUAAGCGGUGAGGAUGAACACAGUGGCUUCAUCCGAGUGGCCAGUGGAAAGAAGAGAGGCUAUGUGCCCUGUGAUGUCCUGGAAAACAUCUGAGAGCGAGAGAGAGAAAUAGAGAGUGCUGGAGAGCGAUAACGAGAGGAAGAGAAGGAGAGAGAGGAGGGAGGAGAGGCACAGUGGCACACUACCAUGAUGCGCAGGGAUGGCUCUGACAGUAGCACUGAUUAGAUGCCAACCUCAGGCGUGAGGGAGAGGACCAUUCUUCCCACAAAAUGGCCGCCUGAAACCAUGGAGGAAAUCCUCUGAGCUGUGGAUCCAAAAUAUUUCUGUUGCCAUUAAGGGAAUAGCUUUGUCAGAGUCAGAGCCAACCUUCCUCUUUCCCUUUUAGCCUGAAGGGGAAAAUGUUGCGACGGAUCAGAUAACCUGACUUUGUGGUCACAGGGAGGGAGAGUGGGGUGAUUGCAUCUCUGGAUUUGGUUAGAUUUUUAUUCCGAUUUUGUUUGAUUUUUAGGACAGCUGAGCAUUGUUUGUUCUUUGUGGGAUUUCCCAGUGGAGAAUGCAGGUGACGCAUCAUGCAUGAAUAUACUGAAUGUACUCGUGUGUCUACUACUGAGACAGAGAGAGCAAGGAAAGCUACUUUCGGCAACUUUCUUUAUCCAUACAUUCUUGCUUAUUUAGCAUCAGCUGCAGUAUGUUUGAACCACUUGUUUAACCUAAAGCCCAAAUGUUCAAGCACUUGUUCUCUAUAGCCGAAGAUUCUGUUCUGAAAUAAUCAAAUCAUAUUUUAUUCACUUACGCUAACUUUGAUGCAAGCAGUUGAGGUUACAAACAGCAUAUUAAUCAAAAGCAUAGAAGAUAAGUCCCUUUUCUUCUAUGCUCGUAUGAUGGCUCUACUGAGUCUUGAUAGCCUCAAGCUCACAACUACAGACCCAUUCUCCCAAGAAUCCAUCCCUCUGUGAUACAAAAAAAAUCCAUACAUUGGAUUUGUCACUGGAGAGGAACAACAAAAAUAAUUAGACGAAGCAGAAAUGUAUCAAGAUUUCCGAGGUAGUAUUGUUCAAAGGAGAAAAAUAUUCUGCACAAAUCUAGAUGUUCCUAGUCUAGCUGCUUACCCAUCCACAUGUGCGUUUAAAAAAUGACACCACAAAAGGACUACAAACCUGUCAAACAGAUUUUGUGAAUAUUUCAAAACAAUGAAUACCUAAUUUGCAACUUAGUCUGGUGAUAAUGUUCUCUUCGGGUAACUCAUCAUGACAUUGUUUCUUGAUGUGUUUUAUAAAGGAUAAUGGAUUUGAUGAGAAAUUAUGUGAAUUUAGGAAGCGGGCAAGCUCUAACAAGUGGUUAGAUCAAUUGUUUUUGAAUAUAUGUCAUAAAAUCUGCAUACCUGUUGUAGUGUCUUGGUGUGGUAUCUAAUAUACAUUUCGACACAAUUACAUUACAUUUUAUACACCAUAACAAGUCAACCAAAACAAGUUAUAUACAUUCUUUUCUUUUACAAAUGGCUUUUUACACCUGUUAUUGUCAAAAUAUUUGAUCAGAGAAGCUUCAAUGCAUGAGCUACUUGAAAUUCAGCUUUGAUUUACAUUCAUGUAUGCUUGCUCCAAUUGCACUAAAUGGUCACUCAGAUAUGGCUAUUCAUGUUAAACAAUGUAAGCCCAUUUUUCAUCGAAUCAAGACAUGCUUGUUGAGAUGUAACUAUCCCUUUAAUGUCACUCUUUAUGACACACUCCUGUUCAAUUCCUUUCUCUUGAGGAAUAGCAAUAUUCUUUGAGGAUUUCUUGAUCAUCCUCAUGUAUAUUUGUUUUCUGUUAAAAUAUUAUUAUGAACUGUCAAAGGAAAGGUAUGGUAGUAAAUGUGUCUCUCUAUAAGUUCAUCUAAGCUGCACUGAAACUCCGUGAACUUUCAAUAAAUUCCCUAGUUUUCCCGAAAUCCCAGUUGGAGGAUUUUGGGAAUAAGAAGACAAUUAGCAGGAAAUAUGGAAUCUUCCAACUAGGAUCUCUGGGAAACCAGGGAAUAUAUUGAAAGUUCCUGAAAUUUUGCAACCAUAGUCAAAGACCACUGUAUUGUAUAGAUUGUAUGCACAGAAUAAAAAUAAAUUGAUUAGAAUUUUUUAAAAUCAA